AUGGAGAAGUCUCCGAUCAAAACUCCGAUGAGAAAGCUAAGAAGAAGAGGAACAAAAAGGGUUUGGAGAUUGAAGCAGAAGCUGAAGCUGACAUGGAAGUCCAUCAAGAUCCGGGUCAGGUCACAUCUUCCGGGUUUCUUGGCGACCAAGAAACGUCUCACGUUUACGAAAUCUCGAAACCAAGAACAAGAAUUAGCUCAAGUAGCUCGGAGGAUCUGCAAAAUCACCAACGACUCAACCAAAUCGCUUGCGUUUCUACUUCAGCUUCCGAAGUACUCAGCCGCGGAUUUCCUAGACCGCGGCGAUCUGAUGACUCCAGCUGCGUCUCCAAGGGAAAACAUAUCGAAAAUGUGGCGUGAGCUUCACGGUAGCAACAAUUGGGAGAAUCUUCUUGAUCCUUUGCAUCCAUGGUUAAGGAGAGAAGUAACCAAAUACGGAGAAUUCGUUGAAUCGGUCUAUGAUUCACUCGAUUUCGAUCCUUUGUCCGAAUUCUGCGGAAGUUGUAGAUACAACAGGAACAAACUCUUUGAAGAGCUUGGUUUAACAAGACAUGGUUACAAGGUCACCAAAUACAUCUACGCGAUGUCUCAUGUUGAUGUUCCUCAGUGGUUCUUGACCUCAGCUUUGGGAGAGACAUGGAGCAAAGACUCGAACUGGAUGGGGUUUGUUGCGGUGAGUGGAGACAGUGAGUCGCUAAGGAUUGGUCGGAGAGACAUUGUUGUGGCGUGGCGUGGAACCGUGACUCCUACCGAAUGGUUCAUGGAUCUUAGAACGAGUAAAGAGCCGUUUGAUUGUGAAGGAGAACAUGGCAAGAACGUUGUCAAAGUCCAAAGCGGGUUUUUCAGUAUCUACAACUCGAAAAGUGAGCACACAAGGUACAAUAAAGAAAGUGCAUCUGAGCAAACAAUGGAGGAAGUGAGGAGGUUAGUGAAUUUUUUUAAAGAUAGAGGCGAAGAGGUGAGCCUAACAGUGACCGGUCAUAGCCUUGGCGGCGCUUUGGCGCUUAUGAACGCUUAUGAGGCCGCGAGAGAUGUUCCAGCGUUAUCUGGAAACGUCUCUGUGAUCUCCUUUGGUGCGCCGAGAGUAGGUAACUUGGCAUUCAAGGAAAGGCUAAACCAGUUAGGUGUUAAGGUGUUACGUGUGGUGAACAAGCAAGAUAUUGUACCUAAGCUUCCGGGUAUCGUCUUCAACAAGGUACUAAACAAACUCAACCCGAUAACCUCGAGGCUCAAUUGGGUCUACAGGCAUGUCGGAACGCAGCUCAAGCUCGAUGUAUUCAGUUCGCCUUACGUAAAACGCGAUUCAGACUUAGGGAGGUCGCAUAAUCUCGAGGUGUAUCUUCAUGUUUUGGAUGGCUUCCACAGCAAGAAAUCGGGGUUUAGGGUUAACGCGAGGAGAGACGUUGCAUCUGUGAACAAAAGCACAGAUAUGUUGUUGGAUCAUCUAAGAAUACCGGAGUUUUGGUACCAAGUGGCACAUAAGGGACUGAUCCUCAACAAACAGACCGGCCGGUGGGUUAAGCCGGUUCGUGCGCCGGAAGAUAUUCCCUCCCCAUUAUCGACCGGACCAAGACCGAUCUAUAGCUUAUGA